UCCAACCCGCGGGCGGCGCCCGCCCUGCUGCUUCCGCUGCAUCCUCCCCGGGGUCCCCGUCCCGCCAGCAGCGGUGCCGGCGGCGCGGCUUGUUGCUGCUGCUGCUUCUACUACAGCUUCCGACGCGUCCUCUUCCCGCUGGAACUUACUCAUAGGAAUUGGAAGGAAGGAUUACUACAUUAAGGUUGAGGCAUCUCGUUAAGCAAAAUUUCAGCAGUACACUGAUGACUCCAAAAUGGACUGAAUGCUUUCCUAAUAGUUAUAAAGAACUAUCUUCAAAUGAAAAUGGAGAGAUCAAAUCAUCGAUAACAGAAGCUGUGCCUUCGUCUACAAGCUGUUUUGGUUCGCCAGCUGUUAACAGAAUGUGUUCCCUAUCUGCAAAAAAGAAGGAUGUCAAUGUCUAUAAGAGGAUGAAGAUGGAUAAAGAGUCAACUUCCGUUACAGCAAAUGGAGAAUUUAAAGAAAUGAUGGCUCAAAAUUGCACUUCUUCUGAAGACCACUCUUCAUUACUGCUACCUGUUAGCUUAGAUGCAAUGAUUUCAAAUUCGACACCACCUAUCCUAGAGCACGAUGAGCCUGCUGGAGUUUCGCUGGUGCCGAAUUCCGCUGUGAAUGAUAGAUCUUCAGUAUCUAGUAUGCUGCCACAUUUCAUGAUGUUAGAUAAAAAAGAUGCUACUGAAUGUUCCUCCUCAAAUAUAGGUCCUACAGAACCAACGACAGGCUUCACAUCGGCAAGGGAUCUUUGUAUUGCCAUACUGAGGGAAGAUGGACUCAUAACUGAAUCAAGAACUAAAAUCACUAUACAGGAAUUCACCGAUUAUGAUGCCAACUUAUUGUUCCCAUGCAAUACUUGUGGGGAAUCAGAUCAUCCACUAAAGAUGCUUAUAUGUGAUUCGUGUGAAGCAGCAUUCCAUCUGUCUUGUUGCAUCCCUCGCGUUCGUGAGGUUCCAACUGAUGAAUGGUAUUGUCCGCCAUGCUUCAGGAAGAAACCGAAGGGUCUCUAUGGCAAGUUGUCAGAGGGAAAGGUCAGGCCUUCAGGGAAUAUCAACCAAAGACCUCAUGGCAUGAGUCAUAUAGAGUUCAUGUUAAAAGAUACCGAACCAUAUGUUACUGGGGUUCGAAUUGGUGGAGACUUUCAAGCAGAAGUGCCAGAAUGGUCUUGUCCCACUUCCAGUGGUGAUGUUUAUUUUGAGGAACCCUCUGAAUUUUGUCCUGCUGACCUCACUAAAUUGAAUUGGUCAAAAACAAAUAUUCAAAAUAGACCUUCAAUUGGUAAUUGGAUACAAUGCCGCGAGAUCUUGAGUGGAGGGGAUUCUGAUAAGCCAACAGUCUGUGGCAAAUGGAGAAGGGCACCUCUAUUUGUUGUCCAGUCAGAUGAUUGGGAUUGUUCUUGUUGUCUACCUUGGGAUCCGGCUCAUGCUGAUUGUGCUGUUCCACAGGAAUUGGAUACAAAUGAAGUUCUAAGGCAGCUGAAGUAUGUAAACUUGCUGAAGAAUAGGCUGGCUUAUCGAAAUCACAAGCCUAAACUUCAGGGAUGAUACAGCCGUAAUUCCUAUCAUCCAGUAAGAAUGGUUACCACCCACAAUGUUGUUUGAGUGGAGCCGCUUUUGUUUAUACGACACCUGCAAAGCAUGUUGUAGCUUUUUCCAUUGUUCGUCAUCCUUUGUAUUGUCCUCUUCGGUUUUCAUCCAAAAUAUUUGUAUGACCUUGCAGUGUAGGCUUGUUCAUGCAGUUCCCAAAGUAGUAUCUGCACAACUACUGAUUUUAGCUGCUGCCAGACAAUCCUACGAUCCUCCAAGCGAUUUUGGAUGAUGUAAUUUUUGGAAUAUAAUAGGGAAGACAGGAGUAUCUGUAAUGACAUUUAGUAUCUUGUGAGCAUUUCUUUAAUGCUGCCAUCUUAGCUAAGUGGGAUUAUUCCA